AUGUUGACAAACUUCAUUAUCCGUGACGAUUCACUGCCACCAGAUGAGGACGCCGGACCGAUCUCCUUUUCUCUCGCCCUUAUCCUGACAAUCUUCCUCAUCAUCACAACCGGCCUUCGACUAUGGGUACGAGCAGCAAACCGAGGGCUUGGUUGGGACGACUUGACAAUCAUCCUCGCAGCAGCAACGGCGAUAACUCGAUUUGGUUUUAUUGUCCUGCAAUGGGAACACGGUAACGGUAGACACCGAGUCUUUCUUAGCGACUACAACUACAUGAUGAUCAACAUGUACGGUUGGUGGGCACAGAUGUUGCUCUUCAUCUCUGUGGCGUUCUUGAAGGUCUCAAUUUGUCUUCUCAUUCUUCGCAUCAAAGACACCAAGAUGCUAAAGACCUUGCUGUACAUCAUUAUGGCUGGUGUCUUGAUCACAAAUUUCGGGGUCGUCAUCAUUUUGAUAGCCGAAUGUCAUCCCGUUGGCUUCUGGAGAGGGAAGUCAGCCGUUUGCUGGCCAACAGAUAUUCGCAUCUAUUCUAUCUAUGCGACAAUUGCAUAUUCUGUUGUGACAGACCUCGUAUGCUCACUACUUCCCCUCGUGGUGGUGUGGAAUGUCAGAAUUCCGCGACAGACAAAGAUAUCAGUCUGUUGUUUGAUGGGACUCGGCCUUGCCGCGACAGGGUUUGGCGUCGCCAGAGCCGCAUCUUUGGGGAUUUCCACCAACGACCUAAGCUGGGCAUACUGUAUCGCCGGCAUCUGGUCAAAUCUCGAACUCUUCCUCGGUAUCAUCGCCGCAAAUCUUGCUCUUUCACGGGCCAUCUACGCCCACUUCUUCAGCAACGAGAAAACUCAACAGACUCUUCCCGGAUCAACCAGUAGAUCCAAACCCCUGGAGUCAGGAUACCUCAACAGUAGACUACGAGGUAGCCGCUUCGAAGUGCCUUCGACAAUAAUUGGGUCCCCGCGUCGAAGAGGCUCAGAGACAAGAAGCUCAAACAGUGAUAUUCCGUUGGAGCCAGGCACCCAGAAAAGGACCGAGUUCUGGUGGGCGGAGGAUGACGAAGGUCCUUCGCAAAUGCGGUCGUCAUGA